AUGUUAAUAUUAAUCGAGACUCCUGCAGGAUUUGCCCUCUUCCAAGUGGCUAACACUAAGACACUUAACAAAAUUGAGAACAUCUAUGAUUACUUGCAAAAUGAGAAGCAAGCCAAAAAAUUGAUUACCCCUUUUGCUUUCCAACAAUUCAAGGAUACCCAAGAAGCUCUCAUUGCCACUAGUAAACUCAUCAAUGGAAAGAUACCCAAAAAACUCAGUAAGUUUUUGGAAAAGAAUGUGAUUUCAUAGGAAGUUCAAGAUUAAAUAGCAGUUUAGGAUAAAAAACUAGCUAAACAGCUUCAAGAUUAGCUCGGAUUGAGUUGCAUUUAAACCCCAGUGACAGAGUAAUUGUUUAGAGGCAUCAAAUCACAACUAACCAAUCUAAUUGAGGGUUUGAGUGAAGCUGAACUCAAAAACAUGACCUUGGGUUUGGCACAUGGUCUCUCUAGAUACAAGCUUAAAUUUUCAACUGAAAAAGUAGACACCAUGAUCAUCCAAGCCAUCGCUCUUCUUGAUGAUUUAGACAAAGAAAUUAAUAAUUACAUGAUGAGACUGAGAGAAUGGUUCGGAUGGCAUUUCCCAGAAUUAGGAAAAAUCAUCAGACAGAUAACCUCAUAUAUGCUAAGGUUGUUAAAGCCAUUGACUGAUCUUUCUGGCAUUUUACCAGACAAUCUAGAGGCAGAUGUCAAAUAGGCUGCAGAAGUGUCUUUUGGUACUGAAAUCACACUUGAAGAUGAAAAAUUCAUUCUUUGUUUGGCUGACUAAGUCAUUGAAUUGACCGAUUACAGAGCCUAAUUAUCGGAAUAUCUGAAAAAUAGAAUGUAAGCUAUUGCCCCAAAUCUUACCACCAUGGUUGGAGAAUUAGUAGGAGCAAGAUUGAUAUCACAUGCUGGAUCUCUGGUUAAUCUAGCUAAAUAUCCAGCCUCUACAGUUUAAAUCUUAGGUGCAGAGAAGGCAUUGUUCAAAGCCAUCAGAACCAAACAUAACACACCAAAAUAUGGUUUGAUCUUCUAAGCCAGUUUGGUUGGAAGUGCCCCUGCUAAAUUAAAAGGUAAAGUCUCCAGAACCCUAGCUGCCAAAACUGCCUUGUGUAUCAGAUAUGAUGCCUUAGGUGAGGGAUAAGAUGCUGAAUUUGGAGUCACCAACAAAGCAUUCUUGGAAAAGAGAGUUCAUUAAUUGGAGGAAGGUGUAAACUAUAGAGAUGUGAAAGCACCAUAAAGAGGAAAAGCUAAGCCAGUUUCCAAUUAAGCUUAAUAUUAAGAAGAAGCAGACUUUUAACCUUAAGGAGCUACCUGGAUGUAGAAAUUCUAAAAAGGACGAAGAUAAAAGAUAAGCACCAUAAGAUUUAGCAUAAAACUCAAAAUUCAAGAAGGUGAAAUAGUAAUGAAAGUACAUUAUGUAUAAAAUAUAAAAAACUCUACAUUUCUUGCCUAUUAUCCAUCCAUUAACUGCUUCAUAGUCCUCAUCUAUUCUUUCAUUAAGAUUUACUAAACAAUGCUUAGAUAUUCAAUUUAUUAGAAAACUUUCGGUUUUCAUCUGCGAUAUGUUAAUAUUAAAUGUUGA